AUGGCCUUGAGCCUGGGGGAUCCCCAAGGAUGGCCGGUCAACAAUGUUGCUCAAGCUCCAGCUUCGACGGCCGUGCCUGCUCCUUCUCACCUCGAGGCGCGAGAAGGCCCCGCUCAGGCUCAGUGGCAAGCGGUGAAGGAGGAGAUCCGGAUGUUGUACGAAAAAAAGCCCUUGAAAGAAGUCAGAAAGAUCUUGGAACAACGGCAUGGUUUCCGAGCGACUGAACGGAUGUAUAAAGCCCGACUCUCGCAGUGGGGAAUCAGCAAAAACUACUCGGAUAAAGACUACCAAAUAUGUGCGGUCUUGCACCACAGCCGUCAGAAAUCCGGUAAACGAGCCACGGCCUUUGUUGUCCAUGGCCACAAACGGUCUCUCAAGGAUUUACACAAGUACAUCAAAGGCCGGAAGAUGUCCGAGGAUGAGUUCCUCACCACCGCCCUGAAAAACAUCGUCCUUUGCAAUGACCGUACUGGAGAACUACAAGAACCCUAUGCUCACGUGCGGGCGUAUACUCCGGAGCCUGAGACGGAGACCGAAGACCAGCAAUCAACCCCAACAACAGGGCAGCUGUCGGGGGAAAUUACUGCGAGUGUCGCCAAGCAGUCGCCUCAGGGAGCAGAAACAGAGCCAGGGCCAAGCCUGGGACGGGCAUCGGGCCUAGCAUCGAGGCCAGGCUCAGGCUCAGGCGCAACAUCAGGCCGGCGUUCCACCGCCCACCGAGAGUCACCCACAUCCCAAAGGCUCUCACCCCACGGCAAGGCAUCACCACCUACGCGCCAGAUUUGUGGUACUCAAUUUCCGCCCAAAGACGGUGCCGUCUCUGUCACGUGGCAAUCACCGCCGUCGCCGUCAUCGCGCGGUCCUCUCGUCUCUUCUCCCCUGGCUUUACCUUCUUCGGCAGCGCUUUCAUUCAAUCAUCCUGUUGCCAAUCUACCCCUAGGGUCGUUCGAGGAUCAGGUCCGUCAUGCUGGGACCGUCCAUGACAGCAUGCCCACGCCCACGACCACUUGCCAGCGACUUGGGAGAGAAGUGGAAUACAUGGCUUUGCAAAUUAUCGACGCGCCUCCUCUUAAAUCACUAUGUGGUCACGAUGAUGUCCGCACCUGGAGAUUGAUGAGCGAUACGUCAUCCGUCGACACUGAUGAUUACGAAAAGAUCUGCCCGACAUGUCACGAACCCACCCAGGACCAUUUCAUCAGUCUCCCGAACCUGGAAAUGCCACAGCAAUCCCGCAGCAUUCUCAAUGAGACAUCCAGCGCGAUGGACAGCACCAUAUCGGUCCCUGCUUCGUCUCGAGGCCACGAGCAUUCUUGGCGAUGGGUAGCGCGAUGCUUCGCCGCGUACAUCUACAUGAACAGAGCUAACGAUACGUUAACGCAAAGGAGUCUGGAGGAUGCGAACCUCGAGUUUGAGAAAAUGCUAAUUCCUCAGCAAGAUCCCAAGAUCCUGCUGGCUUUGAGUCAAACCCUGCUCAUUCUCAAUAUGCAUGGCCAACCCUCACUUACCGAGUACAUCAUGUCAUCAGCGCACUCCGUGGCCGAACAUAUUCUGGGUCCUGAAGACCCUCUGACGAUAAUCACCCGCUGGAUGGUCGAUGUCGCCAAACUCGAAAUGAAAACUAGUGAGACUACGAGCGCCACGCUGAAAUCCGUGGCCGAACAAUUCAUUCUGCGCCAUGGCCACACCGACCCCCGCUCGAUUGCCUCGCUAUACUGCUACGGGUACAUGUUGAACGUGGAGCGAAGAUUGAACGAAGCGGAGCAGGUAUUGAUCGACGUGUACCAGGUCUCCUCAGCCACGCUGGGACCGCGGCAUCUCCAGUCUAUUUCAGCCCUUACAAAUUUACACCGAGCUCUGGCUCGACAGGGCCGAUCCGAAGAGGCGAUUGGCGUGCUACGAAAGGCGAUUGACGAUUCACGAGACACAUUGGGCGAAAACCACCCACGUCGCCUUGAGAGUAUGCGUCUUCUGGCGGUCUUGUACGAAGAUCGGAGGCGCGAGGAUCUCACCGAGGAACUCUACUGGAAAGUCCUGGAGGGCCGGAUCAAAAUGCUCGGUCGUAAUCAUCGGUUCACGCUCGGGAUCAGGAACGAUUUGGAAGCAUUGCUCAAGCGCAUGGGCAAAUGGGGAGUCGAGAGGCCUCGGAAUGCGAAUGUUCGUGCCGGCGCAGGUCCAUCUCAAGAUCGAGAUCGAGAUCAAGAUGAGUCAACGUCAACCACCGAAUUUGAAAUGGAAAUUAUCGAAAGCCCGGAGCAAUUGAGGAUCCAGGACCUUUUCGAAUGGGAUCCCGAUGAGAAGUGGGAUGAGACGAGGAGUUUCGACGGGAGCGAUGACACGGGCAGUAUGCAUGAGGCUUUCUGA